AUGUGUGGAAUCUUUGGCUAUAUCAAUUACCUGGUCGAGAGAGACCGCAAAUUCAUCAUUGACACCCUUUUGAAUGGACUCUCCAGACUCGAGUAUCGCGGCUACGACUCGGCGGGAUUUGCCAUAGAUGGUGACAAGAAGAAUGAAGUUUGCGCUUUCAAGGAAGUCGGCAAGGUCGCAAAGCUGAAAGAACUCAUUGAGGAAUCGAAGCCCGAUAUGACGAAGACAUUCGAGUCCCAUGCUGGUAUUGCCCAUACCCGCUGGGCUACCCACGGAAUGCCCUCGCGUCAAAACUGCCACCCGCACAGAUCUGACCCGAAUUGGGAAUUCGCAGUCGUCCACAACGGCAUCAUUACCAACUACAAGGAACUCAAGGCUCUUCUAGAGAGCAAGGGUUUCCGCUUUGAGACGGAAACUGACACCGAAUGUAUCGCAAAGCUCACGAAAUAUCUCUACGAUCAGCAGCCUGAUAUUGAAUUCACGGUCCUUGCAAAGGCCGUCGUGAAGGAGCUUGAGGGUGCCUUUGGUCUCCUUAUUAAGUCGGCUCAUUACCCUCACGAGGUAAUCGCAGCUCGUAAGGGAUCACCUCUUGUCAUUGGCGUGAGAACCUCCAAGAAAAUGAAAGUGGAUUUUGUCGAUGUGGAAUAUUCAGAAGAUGGAGCUCUCCCCGCCGAACAGGCUUCUCAGAAUGUCGCUAUCAAGAAGUCGGCGACUGGUCUUCUUGCUCCUCCUGACAAAUCACUUCUGCACCGGUCUCAGUCUCGCGCGUUCCUCUCCGAUGAUGGCAUCCCUCAGCCAGCAGAGUUUUUUCUGUCUUCCGACCCUUCUGCGAUUGUUGAGCACACGAAGAAAGUGCUUUAUUUGGAAGACGAUGACAUCGCCCAUGUGCAUGAAGGUCAGCUGAACAUUCACAGACUCACCAAAGAUGAUGGAACCUCGAAUGUUCGCGCCAUCCAAACCAUUGAGCUUGAACUGCAAGAGAUCAUGAAAGGCAAAUUCGAUCAUUUCAUGCAGAAGGAAAUUUUCGAGCAGCCAGAGUCGGUGGUCAACACUAUGAGAGGUCGAUUGGAUGUCGCAAACAAACAAGUCACUCUCGGUGGGCUUCGGCAGUACAUCUCCACCAUUCGUCGAUGCAGACGAAUUAUCUUCAUUGCCUGUGGCACCAGCUACCACUCAUGUAUGGCGGUCCGCGGGGUGUUCGAAGAACUCACCGAGAUACCAAUCUCUGUGGAACUUGCUUCGGACUUUCUAGACAGACAGGCGCCUGUUUUCCGAGAUGACACCUGCGUCUUCGUCUCUCAGUCCGGGGAAACUGCCGAUUCUCUCGGCGCCCUUCGCUAUUGCCUCGAACGAGGUGCAUUGACUGUUGGUAUUGUCAAUGUUGUUGGUUCCUCUAUUUCUCUGUUGACUCAUUGUGGUGUGCACAUCAAUGCCGGCCCCGAGAUUGGUGUAGCUUCCACCAAAGCGUACACUUCCCAAUUUGUCGCCAUGGUUAUGUUCGCACUCUCCUUGAGCGAGGAUCGCGCUUCCAAGCAAAAACGACGAGAGGAGAUUAUGGACGGCCUUGCCAAGAUCUCCGGGCAGUUUCGAGAAAUCCUGAAAUUGAACGAACCUAUCAAACAGAUGUGCGCGAAGUUUUUCAAAGAUCAGAAAAGCUUGCUUCUACUGGGCAGGGGUAGCCAGUUCCCGACUGCUCUCGAAGGAGCCCUUAAGAUCAAGGAAAUCUCCUAUCUUCACUGCGAAGCGGUCAUGUCAGGUGAACUGAAACACGGUGUCCUCGCCUUGGUCGAUGAGAACCUACCCAUCAUCAUGAUCCUCACCCGGGACAAUAUCUUUUCGAAGUCUUUGAAUGCCUACCAGCAAGUCAUCGCCCGCGGUGGUCGUCCUAUCGUGAUCUGCAACCAUGACGACCCCGAAUUCUCUUCCGCACAGACCGAGAAAAUCGAGGUUCCGAGAACCGUUGAUUGUCUUCAGGGUCUUCUCAAUGUGAUUCCACUCCAGCUUAUUGCAUACUGGCUGGCAGUUGCGGAGGGCCUUAACGUUGAUUUCCCACGUAAUCUUGCGAAGUCGGUCACUGUUGAGUAA